UGCGGCUGUACGAAAGGUAUCGCAUUAACUCAAUUCCUCCUUUCCACAUGAUCUCUGCUAACUCCCUCCUAGCCAUCUCAUGGGCGUCGACUUCGACUGAACGAUUGACAUACGGCAUGACAUUGCAUGGACGAGAACGAGCAAACGGGCGUUUCGGCGAUCAAAUGUCUUAUGGAAAUAUCAUGUACCCCUUGUGCCUCUACUUACGAGGUUCAACAUGUUUUGGCGUUGCUGUACCUUUUUAGACACCCGACGAUGCGUCAUCGACGUCAUAUCGGGUCAACGAACCCUUAGUCUCAACGCGAACUUCGCGAUUCAACAUUACAACCGCGUACUGCACAGCUGCAAUUGAAAUGUCUACCAAUCUCUCUCCUCUAAGCAAUAAAACUGAAACGCGAUAAUGGCAGACAAGCUCAUGGACAUAGAGCCCGGCGGGGAAAACACGCAAUACGAAUCAAUUAAGGAAUUCACAAAGCCGCAUAAGAAAGAGAGCGGGCAAUUAGGCGACCCCACCGACACCUCCACUACUCAAUCCACCACCGACAAAUCCGCCCCCAACUCCGCCGGCAUCACGCCCGCCGCCAAGAUCCGCUACGGGCAAGCGCUGCAAGAGGGCGGCAUGGGCGGGCAGACGGAGGGCGGGUUAGCCUCCAACACGUCUACAUCCGCCGGCGGGGCGCGAGAGGCGGAGGACGAAAAGAGCGGGAACGGGGGCGCGAGGGCGGCGCAGGGGUAUGGGAGCGGAAGCGGGGUUGGGGGAUGA